AGGUGCCUUGACCACACAGAGUACAUGAAGGAGAAAGAGAGGGCAGGAAGAGGAAGCAUGGAGCUGGCAGUCCUAUCUGUUCAGCAUACUGGGAUCUGAACCCUGGGAUUCUUUUUACUCUUGUGGUCUUUGUUGAAUGAGUUCUGUUCAUUAUUGUCUAGUUUUCUCUGGCACAAGGAAAACUAUUGAGCCUAGAGCAAGAAAAAAUCUUCUGGGGAAGAGAGGCUAUUCCUGAACAGUGCAAGGCUGCUGAAGGUUUUUAUCUGGAUUUCAGAAGCCUGCAAAUACUUGUGUCUUCAUCUGUACUCCAGAUCUUUCUGGUAAUUCAAAAACAGAAAGACACAUUGAUGUUGGGAUUUUUAAAGUGAUAACAUGACAGAUAAUUUCCUAAGGGAAUCUUGAGGGCUAGGGUCAAUGCAGACUGAAAGCAGAUAAUAUUACAUACAUUCAUGCAUACAGUACAUGCUACAUAUAGUAUAAAAGAAAGUUUCAGCCCCAAUCAUGGGCUCUCAGAUAUUUAGGCAUGUUAAUUUUUUGAACUGGUUGCUGUUGCUAUUGUCUCUGGAGUGUCCUUUUGCUGCUACUUAUUUUGAGUUAUCCACCUUGAGCAGUAAUUCAACUCAGUACAAGCCUGACCAUCAUGAUGCUGAGGGCUCUGCUCAGGAUGAGAGACUGCAUGUUUUUACAGUGGAUUAUAACUACGUGCAAAUUCCCUAUGAAGUUACACUUUGGAUACUUCUUGCAUCUCUUGCAAAAAUAGGUUUCCAUCUCUACCACCGACUGCCAAGCCUCAUGCCGGAAUGCUGCCUUCUGAUAGUUAUUGGGGCACUGGUUGGAGCAAUCAUUUUUGGCACUGAUCACAAAUCCCCACCAGUUAUGACUACCAACAUUUACUUCCUGUAUCUCCUCCCACCCAUUGUCCUGGAGGAGGGGUACUUUAUGCCCACUCGCCCCUUUUUUGAAAAUUUUGUGUCCAUCCUGUGGUGGUCUGUACUGGGAUCCCUCCUGAAUGCCUUUGGCAUCGGACUCUCUCUCUAUGGGAUCUGCCAGAUCGAAGCCUUUGGUCUCACUGAUGUUAACCUGCUGCAGAACUUGCUCUUUGGCAGCCUGAUUUCAGCUGUGGAUCCCGUGGCGGCACUAGCUGUUUUUGAAGAGGCCUCUGUUAAUGAGCAACUUUACAUGAUGAUAUUUGGAGAGUCUUUGCUAAAUGAUGGAAUUACUGUGGUGUUAUAUAACAUAUUCAUCGCCUUCACCCAGAUGCACCGAUACGAAGAGAUUGAACCUGUUGAUGUUCUUGCUGGAUUUGCUCGUUUCUUUGUAGUAGGACUAGGCGGAGUGCUGUUUGGCAUCGUGUUUGGAUUUGUUUCGGCAUUCAUGACUCGAUUUACACAGAACAUUUCUGCCAUCGAACCACUGCUUGUCUUCAUGUUCAGCUAUUUGUCAUAUUUGUCUGCUGAAACCCUCUACAUCUCAGGCAUUCUGGCGAUGACGGCAUGUGCAGUGACUAUGAAAAAAUAUGUGGAGGAGAAUGUUUCCCAGAAUUCCUACACAACCAUAAAGUACUUCAUGAAGAUGCUGAGCAGUGUCAGCGAGACCCUGAUUUUCGUGUUCAUGGGAGUGUCCACAGUUGGAAGGAACCACGAGUGGAACUGGGCUUUUGUUUCCUUCACUCUGCUCUUCUGCUUGAUUUGGCGUGUGCUAAGUGUGUUUGCUCUCUUUUAUAUCAGCAACAAGUUUCGGACUUAUCCCUUCACCAUUAAAGACCAGCUCAUUAUUGCCUACAGUGGCCUUCGAGGAGCCAGUAGUUUCUCUCUUGCAUUUUUGCUUCCGAUGUAUCUCUUCCCUAGAAAGAACAUGUUCAUUACGGCUACUCUUGUAGUUAUAUAUUUCACUGUGUUCAUUCAGGGAAUCACAAUUGGUCCACUGGUCAAGUAUCUAGAUGUUAAAAAGACUAACAAGAAAGAGUGCAUUAAUGAAGAGAUUCAUGUACGAAUGAUGGAUCACUUGAAGGCUGGAAUUGAAGAUAUAUGUGGGCACUGGAGUCACUAUCAACUGAGAGACAAAUUUAAAAAGUUUGACACUAAAUAUCUAAAGAAAAUCCUGAUCCGGGAGAACCAGCCCAAAUCCAGCAUUGUAUCUCUGUACAAGAAACUGGAAAUCAAACAGGCCAUUGAGCUGGCAGAGAGUGGGAUGAUAAGUUCAGCUGCAUCGACAACUUCUCUCCAGAGCUAUAGAAAUCAAAGAAUGCAUAGGCUUUCCCCUGAAGAGGUGGAGUCCAUGCGGGAUAUGCUGGCACAUAGUCUGUAUCAAGUACGACAAAGGACGCUGUCAUAUAACAGACACAACCUGCCAACAGAAACAAACGAGAAACAAGCCAAAGAAAUUCUCAUCCGUCGCCAGAACAGCCUGAGGCAGAGUGUCAGGAAAGGAAACAGCUUACCUUGGGGGAAACCGGCUAGCACCAAAAAUGUGCGUUUCCUCUCUUUACGGUAUGGUACUCAUCAUCCAGCUAGACGAAAAGCAAGGCAUGAUGCUUCUACAGGUGAUUACAGCAGUGAUUCUGAUUCAAUGGUCUCCAUCAUGUUCAGUCCACAGCUCCGAGCAGGCUCACUUGGAGCAAACCGUCAUCAGCAGGAGAUGGUUCCGAUGGAGCAGUUAGAUAGAAGAGAGAAACUGUCAGAUUUUGCAGGUCAGAGGGGAACCCCAAGCAAGCAGGAUCACACAGCUAGAAUAAGAAGACCGGCUUUAAUGCCAAAGCCCCAGUUUGAUGCAGUAUUUGAAGAAGAAAUACAGGGAUAUGAAUCAGAAGAGGAGGAAGAAGCAGUCAUGGCAUCAAGGCCAUCAGUCAAAUGGGCAGCUGAGAAAAGAAAUGUAAGACAUUUCCACAAAGCCCCAAGCUCCCCAUUCUGGAGAAAAUAGCAAAGUUCUUAUGUGAACCAUAAUUACAAUGUUCAUCUUGGGACCUCUAAACUAAUUCUGAUACCGGUUCUAAGCACAGCACGAAGGUUCUUAGAAGUUCUGCGUAGAAUCAAAUGCUUGAACGCUCAGAUUGAAGGUUGUUUGCCUGAAGCCACUGAAUGGCACAAUAGUAAAUGACUACUGUAUCUGCUGGAAGAGAGUUGUAUGUUAACUUAACUUACUAUAAAUAUUCACACACAUUUCACUGAUGGUAUCUCAUAAGUCUAUCUUCUGUACUAUGGCUAUGAUCCAGCAAAGCGCUUAAGCAUGUGCUUGAAUUGAGCUCAUGAGUAAUCCCAUUGACUUCAGUGAGCUCCCUCACAUGCUUAAAGUUAAGCACAUGGUGACGUUCUUUUCUGGAUGAGGGCCUAUAUAUAUAAUCUAUCACUGUGCUACAUCUCUUACAAUGUACUUCUGAUUUGGUCCAACAAACAUGUGAUCCAUAAAAUUUGGCAAGCACCACUGGGGGAAAAAACACCUCUUCUUUCUGUUCAUAAUUCAAAAUAGUAUUCAGAAGUUUAGAAUGAAGCAUAUCAUCUAUGUUAAAUGCAUACAAAGAUUUGAUGAAACUUAAGUCCUAUUUAUAUUUUUCUAUUAUAUGCAUAGAAAGAAAGUAUUCAUUUUCCUUUAAAAUUAGAGUCAAUGGGACAACUAUUAACAUAAGAAUGGAUUUUGUCUUUUGUACUUGCAUUGAAUAGACAAUGAAUAAAAUUUCUAAAAAGCCAAAAACAAUUCCACUUUCUUGUAUGAAACAAAAGGACAAUUGUACAUAAUAACUUGGGAUAGAUUUAAACCAAAUCCCUAGAUCAGAUAAUCCCUAAAUUUUGGAAAAGUUUGAGUCCAGGUCCAAACAUUGUACUGGCCCUAUCUCUUUUGUAGGUUGAACUAAAAUCCUAGAUUCAAAUAACCCAAAUUUUGGGAAAGUCCAGAUCUGAACAUGGUGGCUCAGGUCCAUCUCUAAUAACAACAGGACACUUUGAUGAAUAUCUAACAAGAGUUCUACUGGCUUUCUUAGUCAAAGUCUCCACCGUGCCAAUCAAAGCAGAGCAGGAAAAUAUUUGGAAAUUCACCACAUCCAGCAGUGGGGAGGUGUGCUCCUAAUCUGAUCUGCUCUCGCUUGCCCAGGACAUUGGAAAAUUAUAGGGUGUAUUUCAGACCCUGUUGAUAUUUGUAUUAGCUUGGGGAAAAAAACAAAACAAAUUAAAUUGGCGUGUUAUCCAGUUGAAAUCAAAACAUUAUUUUAAAAGGUCACUUUACACUUCCACCUGGUAUUUUCUUAACAUGCAGUGCAAACUAUCUAAUUACUAUUUCAUACCUCUUUUAGAGUGAAAUCCACUCCAUCUCACAGAGCCCACAGAAGAUCCCCACAGCAAUGGAACUAUUGCCGUUUCAUAGAGCAGCAUAGAUACACAGAAACCAUCUGCAGAGAGUGGGUGGACAUGGGGACUAUGUACUCCAUGCACUCCAGAGUCAGGUAGGAGGAUAGAACAAGAGAACCAGCUGAGUGGUUAGAUGUUGCAGGUUGGAGGGACUGAGACUGAGGUGGUGGAGAGAAAGUUGGGGAGGGGUUGAGACGAUGGUGAGGGGGAGAGGGAUAGUGAAAACGGAGUGAAAUCUCUGUACUGCAUCACUGUUCUCCUCGGAGAAGUCUGUGAGAUUCUGGGUGAAGAGAGAAUCAAGGAAGAGAAUUUGAGAAGAGAUUCAGUAUAAAGAAGAACCAUUAUGAGUUGUGCAUGCAGCAUAUUUCCCCUUUCACAAGACUUCAUGGAGGGCUUUCUAUGGGGAUGGUUAUACCGAGCCAUCUCAAGGAGGGGCAUGGGGUAACUACUGUUGCAUGUGGCGCAGCUGGAGAAUGCACAUCAUCUGGCCACUGGUGUCAUGGGGGUUACCUGGGAAAAAGGGAUCCACCAGAAUUUUUAAAAGAGCGUGCUUAAUAUGUACUCUUUAAUUCUUUAUACAACCUUGAGUGGGUGUAGAGUGUUUAAAGACCAAUCAAAUGUGAGCAAGGAGCAAGCGUAUUUUAAAAUUUCAUGUAAGCGGAUAUUUAUUUUAUCUGAUUUUUUGCAAGUCUUUUAAAAUACAAAUAAAAUCAAUGGGGAGACUGAGACAAGUCUCAUCCUAUUUGUUUGUUUAUUGCUAAGCUUUUAUUUUUCCAGAAAUCAA